ACAACAGGACAGUUAAAACAGAGUGCAUGCAAGUGUAUAUGUAUGUAAACCUAACUAGCUAACUCACUGUCUCCACAGAAACAUUACACCUCUUGUUUACAUCAGCUAAAGAGUGAUAGGAAACCUGGCGUCAAAAACACAAAGCACACUGACUCUGUAGCUCUUGAAACACAGACUCAGUAUUUCAGUGUGUUCAGGGAAAACUGAGCUUUUAUUAAACAAUGACUCAGGCCUUUACUGCCUGGAUGUUGCUGUCAGGUGAUUCCUGUAUGGCUGUACUCUACUGUGGGAUUAUCAAGAUGAAGUCUCUUCCUCCUCCUCCUCUUCACCCUCAGGUGUCUCACAUCCUGAACGUGGCCUUCGGUGUGGAGAACGUGUUCCCUGACCUGUUCAUCUAUAAGACUGUCAGUAUCCUGGAUCAUCCUGAUGCUGAUCUGCUGCUUCACAUCCAGGACUGCUGUGACUUCAUCCAGCAGGCUCGCAGUGAGAAAGGUGUUGUGUUGGUGCACUGCAACGCCGGCGUGUCCCGGGCACCGGCUGUGGUAACUGGUUACCUGAUGUCAUGUGAUGGUCAGUCCUUCAAUGAUGCACUCUCACUGGUCAAAUCAGCUCGGCCCGCCUCCUCCCCCAACCCCGGGUUCCUGGAGCAACUGAAGGGCUGCAAAACGCUGAUGAUGAACGGAUCCAAACACUAA